CAUAAAUCCUAACAGUACCCAGUACCCACCCACCCGGCACUGAAAAAUUUUCCCCUAAUGUUUACUCCACUGGUAGCGACACCGUUGAAAACACUAGCCAUCCUCUACACGCUUUCUGAGUCGUCGUCUUGACUCUUGUCCCGCUCCCGCUAGUGCUGUGUUGAGGCUUUCAAUCCUCCUCCUCCUCCUCUCUCUCUCUCUCUCUCUCUCUCUCUCUCUCUCUCUCUCUCUCUCACUUCACAUCCACUCCAUUCAUGGCUUCUGCUAUCAACCAAGGGGAUAUGGACUUAGAAAAAGGACGGAUGACUCCACCACCGACCCCAAACCCCAACCUUAACCCGCCAUCCCCGUCCCCGUCCCCGUCAUCGGCCACUGCUCCUGCUCUAGUUCUAUCAAACUCCGGCAAGCGGAUCGACCAGGCCGGAAAAAAGAAGUACGUGAAGCAGGUGACCGGCCGCCACAACGACACCGAGCUCCACCUGGCGGCGCAGCGGGGGGACAUGGCGGCAGUGAGGCUGAUUCUCGACGGAAUCGGUUCGCAGAUGGUGGGGACUCUGAGUGGAGCCGAGUUCGACUCAGAGGUUGCAGAGAUUCGGGCAUCGAUCGUGAACGAGGUGAAUGAGCUGGGAGAGACGGCUUUGUUCACGGCAGCAAAUGGAGGGUUUGUUGAUGUUGUGAAGGAGUUGCUGAAGUAUGCGAGUGAGGAGAGUUUGAAGAAGAAGAAUCGGUCUGGGUUCGAUCCUCUGCAUAUAGCUGCCAGUCAAGGACACCAUGCCAUUGUCCAGGUGCUACUUGAUCACAACCCAGAACUAAGUAAUACAAUAGGCCCAUCAAAUGCAACGCCUCUUAUCUCCGCAGCAACAAGAGGGCAUACAGCUGUCGUUAACGAACUUCUAUCAAAGAAUCAUGGCUUGGUAAAGAUUCCCAGGUCCAACGGCAAAAAUGCAUUGCAUUUAGCUGCUAGACAAGGUCAUGAGGACAUUGUGAAGGCAUUACUUGACAGAGAUCCAGAAUUGGCAAGGAAGACAGACAAGAAAGGGCAAACUGCAUUGCAUAUGGCUGUAAAAGGGGUUAGCUGUGAGGUGGUGAAAUUACUUCUUGAGGCUGGUGCAGCCAUUGUGAUGCUGCCAGAUAAGUUUGGCAAUACGGCAUUACACGUAGCCACCAGAAAAAAGCGAGUGGAGAUAGUAAAUGAGUUGUUACGCCUCCCACAUACCAUUGUCAAUGCACUCACCAGAGAUCACAAAACAGCUUUAGACAUAGCUGAAGAGCUUCCCCUCUCAGAAGAAUCCAACAACAUAAAAGAAUCCCUUUACCGCUAUGGCGCCAUUAGAGCUAAUGAACUAAACCAACCAAGGGAUGAGUUGAGGACAACUGUGAGUCAGAUAAAGAAAGACGUCCACAUACAACUUGAGCAAACCAUGAGGACAAACAAAAACGUCACGGGGAUCGCUAAAGAGCUCAGAAAACUCCACAGGGAGGGAAUCAACAAUGCCACCAACUCAAUCACUGUGGUGGCUGUGCUUUUCGCCACAGUUGCCUUUGCAGCUAUUUUCAGUGUGCCAGGAGGCGAUGAUAACAACAACGGAAGGGCUGUGGUUGCAAGUAGUUACUCUUUCAGGAUUUUCUUCAUCUUUAAUGCUAUAGCACUAUUUACGUCGUUGGCUGUUGUGGUGGUUCAAAUUACUUUGGUUAGAGGUGAAACGAAAGCUGAGAGACGGGUAGUGGUGGUGAUUAACAAGUUGAUGUGGUUGGCUUCCGUUUGCACUUCUGUGGCAUUUAUGGCUGCUUCUUAUAUAGUGGUUGGCAAAAAACACAUGUGGGCUGCGAUCUUGGUUACGGUUGUUGGGGGAAUGAUAAUGGCUGGGGUUCUUGGCACCAUGACUUAUUAUGUGGUGAAAUCUAAAAGGAGUCGGUCAAUGAGGAAGAGGGAGAAACAGGCUAGGAGCGGAUCCACCUCCUGGCAUCAGUCCGAGUUCUCCAACUCUGAAGUUGAUCGGAUUUAUGCCCUCUGAUGUGAGAAUUCAUUACCUUUUGGAAAAGUGUCUAAAGUUGCUGAGAUUAUUUAAUAGAUGUAUUGCUGUAUACACUCAUUAAAGAGCAGAUAUUAGACCUGUUUACGUGUAUUUUGCUAAAAGGGUAGACGAAAGAAUGGUUUCCUUUAGUCUUCUGCUGCAUAUAUGGAGUUUGAAGACCUAAAAGGAACCGAUAUGGCGAGACCUUGUACUGGAAAGAUGCAAGAGAGGGUGUUCUAUUUUUUGAAGAAAGGUUCCAAAGCUUAUUGUCGGUGAAGUAGUUGAUCUCUUUAUCAAAUACUGUGGAGAGCAAAAUAACUUUGUUCAUGAAAGUCGAAGCCUUUACUGCCCUUUUCGUCUGCAAGAAUACGGGUCGAUGAUCAUUUGAGCUGUGCUUGAUGAGACUAGCUGAUCUUGGAUUCUUCAUUCUUGGGAACUGCAGGGCCGAUAUUUUUACAGUUUUUAAGUCGUCUACUUGUUUAUACAGUAUGUUAUAAGCGUCGUAUAUAUAAAUGAAAAGCGGACUGAAGGCUUAUAAAUGUCUGUAAAACUUGUAUGUGACUAGCAUUAUAUGCGAUACCGGUGCCAAUAGGUGGUGGAGAUUAUAGUUGGAUGAUGUAUAACAGCUUACCAUUGCCAUUCCAUGAUAUGGUUAUGGAGAACAUUUGUAUGCAGUAUCCUUUACAAACUCGUGAAAUCGUUAGUAAAAGGUACUUGUGGUA